AUGGCGGCGGGCGGCGGCGGGCGGCAGUGCCGGCGGCUGGACGGCGAGGCGGCGCGGGCCGUGCUGGGCGCCGCCGAGGCGCUGCUCUUCGACUGCGACGGCGUGCUGUGGCGCGGCGAGGCGGCCGUGGCGGGCGCGGCGGCGGCGCUGGGCCGGCUGGCGGCGGCGGGCAAGCGCCUCUGCUACGUGACCAACAACAGCAGCCGCACGCGCGGCGCCUACACGGAGAAGCUGCGGCGCCUCGGCUUCCCGCCCGCCGAGCCGCGCCACGUCUUCGGCUCGGCCUACUGCGCCGCCCGCUACCUGCGCCAGGCCCUGCCGCCCGGCGCCGCCGCCUACGUGCUGGGCAGCGCCGCGCUGGGCGCCGAGCUGGAGGCGGCCGGCGUGCCGCACCUGGGCCCCGGGCCCGCCGCCCUGCCGGGCCCCGCGCCCGCCGACUGGGCCCGGGCGCCGCUCGACCCGGCCGUGCGCGCCGUCCUCGUCGGCUUCGACGAGCACUUCAGCUACGCCAAGCUGUGCCAGGCCCUGCGCUACCUGCAGCGCGGCGGCGCCGCCUGCCUGCUCGUGGGCACCAACCGCGACCACCGCCUGCCCCUCGAGGGCGGCGCCGCCAUCCCCGGGACUGGUUGUCUGGUAAAAGCAGUGGAGACGGCGGCCGAGCGUGAGGCAUUUAUUGUAGGCAAGCCCAACCGGUACAUGUUCGAUUGCGUGGCCAGCGAGUUCAACAUUGAUCCUGCUCGUACCAUCAUGGUGGGAGAUCGCCUGGACACCGAUAUCCUCAUGGGAAACAACUGCGGCCUCACGACGCUGCUCACUCUCACAGGAGUCACCACACUGGAAGAAGUGAAAGGUCACCAGGAGAGUGACUGUCCUGCCAGGCAAAGCCUGGUUCCUGAUUACUACGUUGAUAGUAUAGCUGACCUUCUUCCAGCACUGGGGGAUUAAAAUAGCAAAACCCUUACAGCCUUCAAAGCGGUACCCUGAGGAGGGCCCUAAUUAAUCACCUUGUGACAGUAACGUACUCAGUAUACCACCAGAAAUUGGCCACCCUUAGCUUUUUAAACUUCCCUUUCUGUAUGAUUUCUGUUUACAUCUUGGUCUUCUAAAAUGCACUUUGAAAUGAAGAGGGCAUUAUGGUGUCACUCAAGUCCUGUUGGUUUGGGACUUUUUUAUUAUUAUAAGUAAUACAUAUAUCUAAAUACAUGCGAUACUAGGUGUUUCUGUCUUCUAGACUGAGUUGAGGAAACAGCAGAGUGAUCUGAGGAGAUGAACCCAACAAUUUGCAGUAUGUUCUCUUAUGGACAGACUGUAACUCAGUCUUGCUUAUUCAGGGAAAUAAUUCUUUGAGUGUGUAGUUACUCAGUGGCUGUGUUUGGAAAUGCUUGCAGUGGCUGAUGUAGCUAGAAUUUGACCUUAGAUUGUUUUUUCAGGCUGGGUCUGAUUCUAGCAGUGCAGCCCAUUGCAAGUGUGACUUCAGGUCAAAGAAACUGAAAUCUGUCUCCUUUAUUUGACCAUAAAAAUUGCACUUGUGAUGCAGAUUAGGAUGAUUUCUCAUGCAAAAUGCAAAUGGUAUCUUCUGUAUACUGUAUUUGUCCAGGUAUUGGAUGUAUAUGUAAAGUACACAUACCUGCAAGAACUAUCCUGAUCCUAAAUAUAUAUCAGAAUAUAUUUAAAAUAUGAACCUAAGUAUAAUAUAUGAUAAUAUAUCUUGCUUCCCAAAAGGGAGGAUAAGAGGAAUGUACUUCACUCAUCACUAUAGGUUUGAUUCUUGUAAGCUUUUGCAUUUGGUAAUGUAGAAAGUAUGUAAUCACAUAGGACGAUCCUGCACUAAUACUGCUUCCCCCAAAUAACUGGAUUGAUUAGACAUGAAGUUCUAAAUUUUAUUAUGCUUCCUUGCUGGCUCAGCAUCAAAAUAAUUGCUUACCUUGGCUUUAUUUGUAGAAUAUGAAUUAGGACUCAGUCUACAACAGAUGAAUAUAAUUCACAAUGCUAUUGCUCACCAAAGUAAACCUGUAUUGGUUAAGUGUGAUAACAGCACAGUGCUUCCUUUGAAUACCUGCUUGUAAUAUCUUCCUUGUGUCUAAUGUCGGGCCCUGGCAACUGUUGCUUGUCUGGAAAGAGUGCCUGCUCAGGUGGUUGUUUUAUUUUCAUCUUUAGAUACGUUUUGAGCGAUACGCAGCUCAGGCUACAGGAUAGUGGGGGGGGGGGGGUUUGUUUGUUUUUUUUUUAGUUGGCUGAAUUGAAGGCCACAGUUCAAAAUUUUUGUAUCACAGAAUUAAGUGGAAAAUAAAAUAUGCAAAUACUGUGUUACUCCAUAGAUUCCACUACUGGCAGUUUAAACUUAAAUGCUGAACUUCCCUCAUCGCCAGCUGUUUAGCUGUAUAGCUCUAGCAGCGUAUUUGAUACCAUUUCCUUCCACUCAAAUACUAGAAAUAAGUAAAUUUGCCACCUUGUUUGUACAGCAAUAACUAUGCCAUUCAUAAUGUCUUUCAGUGUUACUGGAAUACUCUCUGGAUCUUAUAAAAGACUCUUCAUUUGUAACUCGGAGUUGUGUAAGGAAGCAUGAAUAACGUCUUUCCUGUUUGUGUCUCCACCGAGAAGGCUUACGAAAGUCACAGGGAAAUGCUUAUCAGGUAGAACUUCUGCGUUCCCUAAGUAACAUAGAAAUAGACAUAGUGGAUUCACUGCGGUUAGGGCUAACUUAGCAAUGCAUUCUCUGAUUCACUUCCUAGUUUUGGUGCUUAUGAUUUAAAAAUAAGUAACGUAGUAACUCCAAGUGAGGUGGUCAGCCUUGUUGAAGCGGCGCACUAUCCUGUCUGAGAACUGUUCACUGUACAAGGGAACCAUUACCUCGAUUCACUGUUCCCCACAUAUACUGAAAUGUGUUGGUGAAGGUGUCAAUUGUGCUUCAGAAGUUUCUGUAUCAACUUUCCAAUGGUUUUUGAUCCUCUACUUGAAUUCACAUUAAACUUAGAAACCUACUUUU